AUGGAUCUCUUAAGAAAAGUAGCACAGAAUACUGUCAUUGUUAUUUCAACAUUAACGGGAUCUGGAAAAUCCACCAUGCUUCCCGCACUAUUAAUGGCCAAUGGAUACGAAAAAAUAAUUGUCACUCAACCACGAAGAUUACCAUGUCAGUUAUUAUCAAAUCAUGUUAAUUCAAAAAUAGCAGGCAUAACCGGAUGGGCUGUAUCUGGUAUUCAAUGUUCUGCUGAUUCCCCCAUUAUUUAUUUAACAGAUGGAUUAUUAAAAGAAUAUCUUUUGUUUAACGAAAAACUUCUUUUGAAACGUAUCAACAAAACUAAAAAAGGCUUUGUGUUUUUCAUCGAUGAAGUGCACGAACGAUCAAUAAAUAUCGAUCUAUGUCUGGCGCUCUUAGCCCGUUUAUUAUCCACAAAACCACAGCUAACCACUAAAAUUAAAAUCAUUAUAUCUUGGGCUACAUUAGAUAUUGCCGUAUCUCGGAAUUUAUUUCAUCCAAUAAAACAUUGUCAAUUCGAAGAAUUUAUUUUACCAACAAUGAACAGACUCUAUAAUAUGACUAAACAUGUGAGUGAUGAAAAUGUUCUCGAUUUAGUUCAAACGUUAUAUCCAACUUUGAGAAGUGGCGAAAAAAUGCUAUGUUUUUUCAAAUCAACAUUGGAAGUCAUGCAAUCGAUUAAACUACUAAAAGAUAUGGGUAACAACACUAUCGAUAGCUGGUGA